UUUUUAUUUCUGUCCCUGAACGAACUAUCUAUCUUACCUUGUCUGUCGCUGCCUAAACCUUCACCUGCAGCCCAGCCCAUUUUUAACAGUAGCUUGUAGCCCUUAUUGGUCUCUGGCAAGUGGAUAUCCAUGCUUGCCUGGUCUAGCUUAUCGGUAUCAACAUAUCCAGUUGGCUGUACGUUACGAGGAAGGGAGAAAUCCUCUUGAUCGGAAGCGAAAUCUAGAUCUUGUGCGUAGGAGUCUUCCAUCGUUCGGUGAUGCUAUACAACAGAAUAAAAGCAGGUACAAGGGUAGUAUGGGAACUCGAGGUAGUUGGCUCUUGAGAUGGUGGCCAAGCUAAAAGUGAUUUCUCACCUUUCCUAAAGUUGAAUCCAUGACAGCAGAAUAAAAAAGUGGGAUGGAUUACGGAAAAGUUCAAAAUAGCCUCUUCUGCAACCCACCGUGACUUUCCUAGUCCUCAUGUUGAGUCGUGGUGCAUGGACUUUAUGCAGACAAGUGCAUACAAAUGUGAAGCAAAAUGCCUUUUCAAACAAAAUUGCGCUUGUUACAGGAGCUAGUCGUGGCAUAGGCUUAGCCAUUGCCGAAUCUUUUGCCCAACGAGGAGCCAAGGUCAUCUUGGUGAGCCAGCAGCCGGAGCGAGCCAAAGCAGUAGAGGCAAGAUUUUUAUCCAGUUUUGGAACGGGCCAUCAAUCCAUUGCACUAGAUAUAUCCGAUCGAAGUUCAGUUGCUGAAGCAUUCAAGAAUCAGCUCAAAGGUGUUUCUAUUGACUACCUGGUCAAUGCAGCUGGUGUUUCGCGCGAUGGGCUUCUCGUACAACUGAAAGAUCAAGAUAUCCUAGAUACAAUCAAUACUAAUCUAAUUGGUACCAUGUCAGUCUCACAAUAUGCAGCGAAAACCAUGAUGAGAAAGCGGUCAGGGUGUAUUAUCAAUAUCACUAGCGCUGUAGGGAUUCAAGGAAAUGCUGGCCAAUCUGUCUACAGCGCUUCCAAAGCUGGAGUCAUAGGGUUCACUAAAGCCUUGGCGAAAGAACUUGGGCCUGUCAAUGUGCGGGUAAAUUGUAUAGCCCCUGGAUUCAUUGAGACAGAUAUGACCAAUGCUAUUCCGGACGGCAAAAAGGAAGAGCUUUUGAAAAGUAAAAUAUCAUUAAAGAGAUUUGGCAGCACUCAAGAUGUUGCGGACGCUGCUAUGUUUAUAGCCCAAGCAGAUUACAUGCAUGGUCAAACUUUAGUGAUUGAUGGAGGCUUGAAUCUGUAAUUUACCUUUCUUCCUUCCAUUCCAAUUUGCAAUUAAAAUCAAUUUAGUUCACCCUUUCGUCUUUCAAACUGUCUUCAUACCACCGCA